AUUUUGAAACAGUCUGGCAGCCCAAGUGCUCCAUCGAAUCCACAAAAUAUAUUCUAGUAAACACACAACGACAUGUCCAAACCAGAUUCAGGUGAAGCAUCCAAGCCCGACAAUGCGCCACCCUACAGUUUUAACUAUGAUUACGCUACCUCCAUGCGAGCUCCACCGCCCACAUACGAGCAGAGUCAGCAACAAGGGGCUGACAGUGCACCAGCUGCAAUGCCUAUGCAUAUACCUAGCAACCAGUAUUAUGGAAUGAUGCACCACCAACAAUUGCAACAGGGUCAGCAGGAGUACGGCUUAGUUGGACCCAGCACCUCUGCCGAAGCUACUGCAGCGCAUGUAUUAAAUAUUGAUCCACGAGCCUCCUUGCGAACCACAGUUUCGGGUGCUGUUGUUGUGCCGCCACCUCCGCCUGGUUGCCUGCCCACACCUGCACAACUGGCUGCCAUGCAGGGCAAGCCGGUUGUGGUGCAGCAGAAGAAACGUUCGUUUUUUUAAGGCCUUGAUAAAGAUCGGCUGCAAUAACUCGAAUGCCUCCUGCUGCUUAUUAUAUACAUAUAUAUGCUUUUAAUGUUUUACUUAAUAAAUGAUAAUUCGUCUUGUUCUCGCA